GAAUUUAGAUGUCCUUACCUCCGAGUGUUCUGAAUAACUCCGAUAUCAGAAUAUCUUGAUAUUAAGCGCACGCAGAUGCAUAUUUCAUCGAAAGCAUUCUUCCUCCUCGCCCUUUCAUUACCUCCGCGACGAGACCUUCAACAGAAGAGAAGCAGCCAGAACUCGAGAAGGUGCCGUCCAGCGAUAUGACUUCUGCCAAGGAAGCCAACGAAUCCACAAUGACUGCCGGCGAAAAAGUUACCUCUGACGAACGGGAGCUUGUUGACUGGAACGGUGACGAUGACCCGCAGAAUCCCCAGAACUGGUCUCUAGCUAGAAAAUGGUGGCUGGUUGGUUUGGUAUCUGCGGUAACCUUUAACAUCUCUAUGGCUUCUACGGUGACCGCGCCCGCAGUGCCCUUAAUCAUGGCGCAAUUCCAACAAAGCAAUGCAGAGCUUGAGUCUUUCGUGGUCUCCGUGUAUAUUCUGGGGUUUGCGUUUGGGCCAUUAGUCGUGGCUCCCCUAAGCGAACUGUACGGGCGGUCUCUGAUCCUGCACAUCACGAAUGUCGUUUUUCUCGUCUUCAACAUCGCCUGUGCUGUGAGCACCAAUUUAGCCAUGUUCACUGUUUUCCGCCUCAUUGUUGGGUUGAUGGCAUGUACACCUUUGACUCUCGGGGCCGGCUUCAUUUACGAUCUCAUGCCACCGCAGCACCGCGCGAGAGCUUUGACAAUAUGGACGAUGGGCCCACUGCUGGGGCCUGUUUUGGGUCCUGUCAUCGGAGGAUAUCUUGCCGAGGGAGCUGGAUGGCAAUGGGUAUUUUGGCUUGUCACCAUACUGUCGGGCGUCCUAACAAUUGCAUGCUCCGCAUUCGUCCGAGAAACCUACGCACCUGUCCUGCUGAUACGCAAAGCUGCGGCGCUGCGUAAGGAAACCGGAAACCGCGGGUUACACUCGAAAUACGACAGUCAAGCGGGCGUAUUUGAUACGUUCAUACGUGCCAUUGUCCGCCCAACGAAGAUGCUCCUGUUCGCGCCUAUUGUGACAUUGAUGGCGUUGUACAUUGCGAUGAACUACACUUACAUGUAUUUGCUCUUUACAACGUUCACGUACGUUUUCAUGUCCAACUACAGCUUUAACGAAGGUGAGGCCGGUCUUGCCUAUCUUGGAGUUGGGAUUGGAUUUAUUCUAGGGCUGCUGAUUACCGGAUUCUAUUCGGACCAAUACCUCAAAAAGGUGCGAGGUAGCCGCCCUGCGGUGCCAGAGGAUCACCUUCCACCAAUGGUCAUCGGCGCCAUCCUUGUUCCUGCGGGUCUGUUCCUUUAUGGCUGGACAACACAGUAUAUGGUCCAUUGGAUUGUGCCCAUCAUCGGCACGGGUAUCUUCGGAUUCGGAAUGUUGCUGGGCUUCAUGCCAGUGCAGGUCUACCUUGUUGAAACCUAUACCAUAUUCGCUGCAAGCGCCAUUGCCAGUAACACGGUCGUUCGAUCUUUGCUCGGCGCGGUUCUUCCCUUGGCAUCUCAGAGAUUGUAUGACAAUCUCGGAUACGGCUGGGGCAACAGUCUCCUUGGGUUUAUCGCUGCGGCGUUUAUCCCAGCCCCCAUCUUUUUGAUCAAGUAUGGGGCGGCGAUACGAUCCAACCCGAAAUUCCAGGUCAAGUUGUAGGAUUGACCAGUGGGCAGAUGUGUAAUUUUCCUAUUUGACUAACCUGGCACUGACAGAUUCUGUGUGUUGUGGAUGAUACUUGGGAAAUAGUUGAAUACUUGUCGAUGUUGGCCUGCAUAGGAUAGAUAAAUGAGUCAAGCUUCUGCUGUACAGAUUUUUUCUUUUCUGGCUUGCCUCAUGUUUACUUCUGGAUGCCCUGUGCAGUCCUCCUUCCUCGUCCGCCCUGAUGGCCUGUUGAGAGCUUGAUAUUACAUUCAUGCUCACCAAAGAGAAGCUCAGGAAAGACUACGUGGUGGUUGAGCAAGAAAUGGAAAACGAGGGAAAUGAGCGCAUCGGAUGAUAGAUAACAGAAAGCUUGGAGUCAACCGAGAAACAGAAAACCAAACACCAACCAACAAGAGGUUUUCAUG